CGACUGCACAUCUCACGAAGAGCUUUGCAAACAUGAACGGCUACAGUAAUGGCGUACCACCUCCACCUCCUUCAGAUCCUAUCCCCCCGCCGCCCCCCUCGGAUCCAAUACCGCCUCCUCCGGAUCCAAUACCACCGCCUCCUCCCGUAGACGAUAUCCCUCCGCCGCCACCUCCACCGCCAGCACGCGCACCGAAAGACGACGAUGAGGAUAGCCUUGCACCGAACUUAGCGGCGCCGAAGAACAAAGUCGUUAAAAAUGCGGUACCUAAGAAGACCCCACUUAGUAUCGAGGAUAUCUUGCGCAAGAAGCGCGAAGCAGAUGAGGCUGCUUCUAAGCCCAAGUUUUUGUCGAAGAAGGAGCGUGAACGGAUCGCGUUGGAGAAGCGGGAGAAGGAAGUCGAGGCGUUGAGGAAGGCAAAAGAAGCUGCAUCGAUGAAUGUCGCGAAGAAUGGCUCCGUGAAUGGCAAUGAUUCUUCCCUCUCAGCAUCCUCCGUGCCAACCGGUCCGAAGUCUAUGAGCGCAUCCACGUUCUUGCGCCCUCGUGGUGUGCUGAAAGACUCCGAAGAGGAGCCUUCACGACACUCUAGAGAUUCCAGCGCGCGAAAACCUGGCGGAUCAGAAAAAACUGCAGAUAAACGCAAGAAUCCUGAGGAUAUUGAAGCAACACUGAUGAGGGAACGGUACAUGGGCGCAGAUAACUCUCAAUCCACAUUUAGCGCCAAGAAGAAGCGGAAGCGAACGACAGAGAAGAAGUUCAACUUUGAGUGGAAUGCCGAGGAAGAUACGAGCAUAGAUUACAAUCCAAUCUACAGCGAACGCGUGGAAGCCGGCUUCUUUGGCCGCGGCCAUCUCGGUGGUAUGGAUGCGGAAGAAAAAGCUCGAGAGUAUGCCCGCAUACUGAGAGAACAUGAUGGCAGCGGUGGCGAGAGAGCAAGGCAAUACUUAGAGUUGGAGAGGCAGAGAAGAGAGAACAACAGACGAGCGGGCCUGGACCGCCACUGGUCGGAGAAGAGGCUUGAAGAAAUGCGGGAGAGAGAUUGGCGCAUUUUCAAGGAGGACUUCAGCAUCAGCACCAAAGGCGGUUCGAUACCAAACCCAAUGCGAAGCUGGAGCGAAUCUGGCUUGCCACCCCGACUACUUCAACUCGUCGAGCAAGUCGGCUACCACGAGCCCACACCUGUUCAACGAGCCUGUAUACCCAUUGCACUGCAAAACCGCGACCUCAUCGGCAUUGCUGUGACGGGUUCGGGUAAAACUGCCAGCUUUCUGCUGCCGUUGCUAGUAUACAUCGAGCGUAUGGAACCCCUGGGUGAGCAUAACCGCCAAGACGGGCCGUAUGCUAUCAUUUUGGCACCGACGCGUGAGUUAGCACAGCAAAUCGAGAUUGAAGCGAAGAAGUUUGCAACGCCACUAGGUUUCAAGUGUGUGUCCAUCGUCGGUGGACAUAGCAUUGAAGAGCAGGCGUACCAGCUACGCGAUGGAGCAGAGAUCAUUAUUGCGACACCAGGAAGAUUGGUGGAUUGCAUUGAACGAAGAGUUUUGGUGCUCGUACAGUGCUGCUACGUCAUUAUGGACGAAGCGGAUCGCAUGAUCGACUUAGGUUUCGAAGAGCCCGUUAAUAAGAUCCUGGAAGCAUUACCGGUUACGAACCAGAAACCAGAUGAUGAGAUGGCAGAAGAUAACAGAGCCAUGUCUAUGAGCGUUGGCGGUCGACUGAGGUACAGACAGACGAUGAUGUACACAGCAACGAUGCCAUCAGCCGUCGAAAGGAUUGCCCGCAAGUAUUUGGCCCGACCAGCGAUCGUUACCAUUGGCAAUGUGGGCGAGGCUGUAGACACAGUCGAACAGCGCGUCGAGUUUGUGGCCGGAGAAGACAAACGUAAGGCUCGCCUCCGUGAGAUCCUUACGAGUGGUGAGUUCCAGGCUCCGAUCAUCGUAUUUGUCAACAUCAAACGCAACUGCGACGCCAUCGCACGCGAGAUCACGAAAAUGGGUUUCACUGCUGUCACGUUGCACGGUUCGAAAACCCAGGAGCAACGUGAGGCUGCUCUCGCCUCCCUCCGCAAUGGCCAGACGGAAGUUCUUGUCGCAACGGACCUGGCAGGUCGUGGUAUCGAUGUGCCAGACGUGUCACUAGUUGUCAACUUCAACAUGGCGACUACCAUUGAGCAGUACACUCAUCGCAUUGGUCGUACGGGUCGUGCUGGGAAGAGCGGUGUUGCCAUCACGUUUUUGGGCAACGAAGAUGCAGAUACAAUGUUUGACCUCAAGCAAAUGCUACAAAAGAGUAGCUUGAGUAAAGUUCCCGAUGAGUUACGACGGCACGAGGCGGCACAAAGCAAGAGGAUCAAAGGUAACAAAGGAGGUGCUAACAUCGAAUAGCCGUUAGCGAAGGGAGAGGUCAGUGCUCACAAACCAUGACGAGACUUCGUAGAAUUUGGAGUCAGUGUCUUAAAGGCUUAGAAUACAUAUUAAUUUCACAGCCAUGAAGCCAAUUUUCUUGCCUUUGUGUACAUCAUCGAGCAACACUUUUUCUGCGAUGAGUUGCAAGUCUCGCUGAUGGAUGUACGCAAUGAUGGAAGCGGAAGUACGCUAUGGGGUCUCAUUCUAUGACAAAGGAGGCGGCCAACCCAAUCCUAAUAUGUACAAAUGAAACUUGAAGCUAAAUUAUAGGUCUGCUAAACAGUGUCGCGUACUAGACGUUUUCUCAAGAAACGCAAACUUGC